UUGACAUGUGUGACUGUAAUGUAUGGGUGUGUGCUUUGCACUGCCCUGUACCACCUCUGGGAACGGACUACCACAAGCAAGGCAUUGGCAUUGAAAUUCCAGUCCCUAUAUGGUAUUAAUCUCAACAAUGAGUCCCAACUCUCUAUUCUGACAUUGGAGAGGGAUACUCUACUUACAAAGCUCUUAGAGGCAACCACACAUGCAGACUCACUCAAGGAUCUUCUCAACUCUCUGUCCAAGGAGCUCCACGACAUUACCAAACAUAAUUCUCUCCUCAAGCUUGAACUAGCUAAAAAGAAUGAUGACCUGAAGCAAAUCAAACUAAUGAAGUCAAUGUCUUACAAAAGAUCGAAAAUGUCAGAAAAUAAGUUUAAGCUCGAACGGGCUCAAUGGACAAAAACAAAAGAAUCAUUGGUGUCCGAAUAUGAAAAGCUUGUAGAGAAGUAUAUUGCUGACAAGGAGGCUGAGAUGACUAACGUCAAAAGGGAAUUGGAGGAUUCUAAACGACAGGAGACUGAUACCAAAAACUUAGUUAUGUUGGCAGAGGAGCACAUGGAGAGAAAAAGGAAAGAAUGGCUGAACAUUAAAAAACAGAUGAUGGCAAACCGCACGUUACUUAUUGAGGAUCGAAAUUACAUCGAGGCUGAGUUAUUGAACACAAAGAAAGCAUUGGAGCGAUCAGAGCUGCUUGAAUUUGAGGCACAGACAAAGUUGAUUUUGGAUGAAGAGAGUCUGGAACAGGAAAGAAGUGACUGGAAGGAAACAAAGGAGGUGCUAUUGAAUAAGAACACUGAGCUUGCUGACAAAUACACUGCUUUGGAGACCGAACUACUGGACGCAAAGAAAGCAUUGGAACGAUCAGAAAUACACAAGUUUGAAGGCCAACAAAAGUUAGUACUGGCUGAGGAGCACAUGAACAGGGAGAGUGAGGCGAUGAAAGAGCUCUUGACAUUGGAGUGCACUAAGUUCGAGAAGAAAAACAGCGCACAAAAGACUGAGCUACAGGGCGUUCAGAAACAGCUAGAGAAAAGUAAAUGUCUUGAGAUUGAGGUGCAGGCCAAGCUAAGGUCAACUGAGGAGGCACUAAAGAGAAAAGAGAGAUCUCUUCAGGCAUUGAAAAGGGUAGAAGCUACUGAAGAGAAGCAGCUUAAAUUGGCCAGGGAAGAGAUUGCAUUGCUAAAGAGAAGGCGCAGUGCAGUACCACAUUCCCUCCGCUCUGUUCACAAAGUGGCUAGUGGACGUGUUGAUGCUGUGGACAGUGGUAUAUCGAGUGAACCUGACCUCUCGUCACAUGGUGCCCUAUAGCUGGCUAUAGCUAGCUUAUAAUAAUCACAGAACUGGAUUAUUGGACAAUGGCUAUGCAUGACUGUAUUAUAGUUAUAGUUGAUCGUUACAAUGUAAAUGUUACAA